GCGUUCCACACAAAUAGCUCACUGACUACUGGCCAUGUCGUUCGGAAAGUUGAAGUCGGCGCGCAAGGGUAAGGAGAUUCACUCCUUCGUCAAGCCUGAAUCAGUCUCGGGAUUUUCGGAUACUAUGAAGGCGGAUACGUCGCCAGGCCCACUGCCCUCUCAAUCUCCAAUGCAGAUCAAUGCAGCAGCCCCAAAGAACUCCCAUGAUACCAUGGUGACAGAUGAGCAGGCUGUAGUCCAGCACUCUCCUCUGUCUCAGGCUUCGGAGGAACAGGCACCGCCAAGAACUCAGGAGCAUCAGUCACCAACUAACCCGACACCGGUGAAGACAAGAGAGAGCACCAACUCCGUGAACCUACACGGCUGUCAUACCGAUCUCCCUUCCUUUCUAGAGAUCAGGGAGUCAAGCAGGCACGGUCGCGGACUUUACGCCAAGACCGCUCUAUCUGCUGGUGAAAUCAUUUUGUCGAUAAUACCCCAUGUCUUUGUCCUCUCGACGCCCAAUCUAGAGUAUUAUUGUUCCGCCUGCGCCGCACCUGCCGCCACGGCCGGACUCAAACGAUGUCCGAAAUGCAAAACAGUCCGGUAUUGCAACUCAGACUGUCAGAAUCGGGACUGGGCGUGGCACAGGCGCGAGUGCAACGCGCUCCAAAAGUGGGCUGCAUCUGCACCCUCAUCUGAUGUCGCGAUUCCCGGCGAGCCGGUCCGUUGCCUGGGCCGCAUUAUGUGGGGAUCUCAGAAAGAAGGGCUGGAUAGCGUGUGGGCGCAGGAGAUUCGGAUGAUGCACUCUAAUCGAAAUUCGCUGCAACCGUCAGCGUUUGGAUCGCACACCCACCUGGCACACUCGGUUGUUCGGUAUCUAGGCGUGUCUUCCCCACAAGAACUCGAACCUUAUGGACUGAAGUCCGCCGGUGAUCUGGUGGAUUUGAUCUCCCGCUUCACGACAAAUACAUUCACGCUCACUACACCCGCGUUGACCCCGAUAGGCAUAUGCGUCUCGCCCACGGUGGCCCUCGCUAACCACUCAUGUGACCCCAACGCUGCGCUCGUUUUCCCUCGCGCCGACGGCGGGUCGCGGGUAAAGGAGCCGCUUCUGAGCCUUGUGGCCCUCCGCAACGUAGCACCAGGGAAAGAGAUUCGAAUAUCAUACGUCGACACGACGUUGCCGAACAGGCUCCGGCAGAAUGAACUGAAGGAGGUCUACAGCUUCUCUUGUCAGUGCAAGCUCUGCUGUCGAACGACGGCCGCGGACCCGCGGGAGGCUCUCUGGUGUCCUAAGUCCUGCGGCGGCAUCUGUCCGUAUCCAACAGAAGAGAGCGGUGAUAGGGCUACACAUUGUGUGAAGUGCAACGCUCAAGUGGGCGACGUUGGCGCUGUGCUAGACGCCUUGCGCGUCGGUCAAGAGGCUCUGGAUAAGGCUAGCUCGCUGCAGUCCAAAGAUCGAGUCAAAGCCCGGCAACUGACCACGAACAUAACUCCCAUCCUCACCUCCGCGGGAGUUACACCUUCUUCACAUCCGCUACUCGCUUUGACGAGGCUCCAUAAAGAACUCCUCAUUGAUAGUCUGUCGUCAUCCUCUCCGACACAGGAAACUCUAGACGAGGCUGUUCGCACAGCGGCUCGGUACACCGCCGGACUCCAGGCCCUCCUUCCAAAGGGACAUCCGGUCCGCGCAGUCGCGCUCGGGGAGCUAGGCAAACUGCUUGCCGUUGACGAACCGGCGCCAACAUCCGCGUCAGAUUAUGCCGGAGCUGAAAAGUUCCCGCCGUCGGGCCCGCCUCGGCUCAAGCUGGCGUACGAGUCCUUCGUCAAGGCACACGAGGAGCUGCUGAUCGGUUUCGGGAAGAAGUCCGGAGGCGGGCUGCUCGGAGCAGAAAUUCGGGAGGCGAUCAUGAGACUGGAGAAGGAGCUUGGCAUCUGGACGACGGGCAUUCGCAAUGUGCUCGAGGACACUCUGGUCUCGGCUCAGAGGGUGGGGCCACCGUCGCAAUGAGCGUUUCAAUGUACUAGAACCGGUUAAGUUAAGUGUAUCUUAUGUC